AUGUCUCUUCCUUUAAUUACUUUAAAUGAAGAUUUAGAAUUAAAUUUUAUAGAGUUAUUUUAAAUAAAUGCCUAAGACUUUGAUCUUUAAUAUCUAGCAUGUAUUUUUACAUAACUUUUGGAUUUCUAGAAUAGAAAAAUCAAAAAAUUCCAAGAAGAUGCUCUUGAUAUAUCUUAGUAGAAGAAUAAUUAAUAAAAAAGACAGAACUAAAUAUAUUAAAAAGGAGAAAAAUCAUGCCUAUUAUAUAUGUCAUUAAUAGAAAAAGAGUUUAUUGUUAAAAAAACAUCUAAAAGUUUCGAAAAAACUUUUGGGUUCAAUUCUGAAUUUAUUCAAGGAAAACAACUAAACACUUUAAUACCAAAUCUACUCAAAAAGCAUCAUAAUUUAAUGAUUCAGUCAUUUAUCUCUGAAUAAUCUAUGGAUAUUAUUAAUUUAGGUGAGAGAAGUCUUUUUGGUUUGGAUAAUAAGGGAUUUAUUUUUCCAAUUAGUUUGAGAAUUAAAUUACAACUUUUAGAAAAUGAUUUCGGUGUUUGUGUUCUCAUUUAGAAAAAAUAAUAAAUUUUUUCUUACAUAUUCUUUGAAGAUGGAGGAAUUAUCACUGAUUUUUCAAAGAACAUUUUUUUAGACAUAUUUUAAACUCCUGCUUUUAAAUCAGAAAUAUAAAUAAAUAUAUUUGAUCUGAUUCCUUCUAUAGAAGAAAUAGUUAAGACUCAGUAGUCAAACAUAUAAGUUAGUACUACUAUGGUAGUAAAACAGCCAACUCUUUUCAAAAGUACAAAAUCAGAUUCUCAUGAAAAGCCUAUUUAAUCACCUAAAAAUAAUAAUAAUCUUUUCUCAUAAAGCAGUGAAGUUUUUCAUAUUAAAUUCAGGUUUUUAAGACGCAUCACAAAGUAGAAAGUCAAUAUUAAUUUAAUAGAAAUUGACUAUUACCAAAAAGAAACAGACCAAAUUAAAAAAGAUAUUAUCUUAGAUUAGUUAAGUAAAUAAUAUUCUUUGAAAAAAUCUCAAGGAUAUCAAAAAAUAGUCUAGAGUUAAUAAACUUCAGGAUAUGUGAAAUCUAUUUAGUAAUAGUAUUUUUCUACAAGAGAAUUCUCAUAAUUAUUUGAAAAUAAGGACUAGAAUCAAAUCGAAAACAAAGAAAAUGAAAAAAAUCAUUUAAUAAACUUUUAAAUAUAUCAAACAUUAGAAGAAAAUAUAACAAAUAAGAUAGAUUAAACUCCAAAUUUUGUAGAAAUCUGUGAGCCUUAAAGUUAAAAUAAUAGUUUUAAUUAAAAAACUUUUCAAGAAAUAAAUUUCUUCAAAAACCCUGAAAAUUAAUCUCCAAAAACGUAUUGUGGAAGCUCAGAAUUAAAAUGUUUAAGUUCAAAAGCAAUUCUUGAUAAAUAGAGCAUUGAAACAUUAUUUUAAAAUUACUCAAGAAGGAUAUCAACAAAUACAUUUGAAUAACCAGAAAUAAUUUUAUCUCCAAAAAUUAUUUGUCAAGAAAGGCAACAGGUUCUGAUAAACUAAACAAACGAGUAACAAGAUAUUGUAUUUAUGCCAACUUAAAAUUUUUAAUCGCUAAGCCUCUAAGAAAUUUUGUCUCCAACAAUUCAAAGUCAAGAAAGAUAACAGAUUCUGAUUAAAUAAUCAAAAGAGUAACAAGAUAUUGCUUUUUUACCUGCUUAAAACUAAUUAAAAAAUCAGAAUUUCUAAAAAAUUUCAUCCAAUAAUGCAUCUAACAAAUUUACCAUAAAAAAUAAAUCAAAUGUAAUUUAAAAUAAAAAUCCAAUUAUAAUAGAUAACAUAGAUUCGCCAUUUUCAGAAGAAUAAAGUCUGAGUUAAGAGCUGUAAAAUCUAAAUAGAGAAUAAACAAAAAAAUAUUUACAAGAAAAAGAAGAAAUGAAACAAGAGUUAAAAAACGAAAUUGCUAGUGUCAACUCUAGUAAGUAUAGCACUGAGGAGAUAUUGAAAAAGAAAAUGAUAUAAAGAAUUUAAAAAGCAAAAUUUACAAAUGGAUUGUAAUUAAUAACUUUCACAGGAGCUGGAGCUUUUGCUAUUCUCAGUAUUGUAUCUUUAAUCAUUUACAUUCAGAAUUUAAAAAGCUUAGAUUCAUUUGUCCAGUCUUUUUUGAAAAUUGAUGGUGCUAUAUUUUGCUUUAUAGAUGUUAUGAAUCUUGUCGGACUUAGCAACUAUUAAAGCGUUUUAAGAAAUAGCUAAUCUUUAAUAGCAGAAAGCUUAGAGCUUUAAAUGUACGAAAUUAAUUAGACUGAUUUUUAGCAGUAAAGAACAUUAUAAGAUUAUAAUCUAAACUUACAAAAGCUUGUUUUAAAUAAUGAUAGUGGAGAUUAGCUUGAUGAAUUAUAAAAAAAUUUGUUUUAAGUUUAAAUUUACGCAUCUGGGUUUUACAAAGGUGAUGGAUUUUAAUAAAAUUCCACAACUACUUUUGAAUAAAGUUUAUAAUACACCUUAAUGGAGUUUUUCUAUGAAAUUGUAUUUUAUUAUAUCAAUUAUGAAGAAUAGCAAGAAGAUUUUAUUUGGGGAAACAUCUACAACUUUAAACAAGGAAUGAAAAAUUUACAACAAAUUGUUGAAAAUUAUGCUCAAGACUAAUUCAAUAACAUGAAUUUGUAUUAAACAUUUGCAAUCAUCUUGUUUGCAACCAUAAAUGCUUUGCUUAUUUUUUCAAUUUUGCCUCUAAAUAUUUUGAUUUAAUCCUAAAAGGAAAAGAUUUUAAAACUUUUUGGCACAUUUACUCCUUCUUCUAUUGAGUUUUAAAUCAAAUAAAUUGAACUUGGUCUAUACAAAAUUGAAUAAUUCAAUGCUUUAGAAUAAACUAAUAAUAAUUAUGCAUUUAAACAAGCUUAAAAUUAGUUAAAGCAAAUAAAAUAAAUUAAAAAUCUUAACUUCAGUUAAAAUUUCCUAAGUGAAUAAGCUUAAAAAUAGGAAAAGAGUUUAAACAAUAAAGUUUCUAGAUAUAUUCAAAGAUAGUUAGACAGACGCAACAGUUGCUGUAGCGCUACUUUUAGUCAUGCCUAUUUUAAAUUUUGUUAUAUUUAAUCCUUUUGA